GCUGGCCGCCCGCGACGCCCUCAUCGUGCGCCUCCGUGCUCGCCUGGCCUCACUCGAGGGGAACACCGCACCGUCGCUCGUGGACGCCCUGCUGGAGCAGGUGGCGAGUUUCCGGGAGCAGCUGCAGCAGCAGGAGAGCUGUGCGGUCGAGGCUCAGCUGCGCCAGGAAAUCGAGAGACUUACUGAGCAGCUCGAAGAAAAAGAGAGGGAGAUGCAGCAGCUGAUGAGCCAGCCGCAGCACGAGCGAGAGAGCGAAGUUGUCCUGCUGCGGAGGAGCGUGGCGGAGAAGGAGCGAGCCCAGGCCGCCAGCAACGUCCUCUGCCGCUCCUUGGCAGGCGAGACCCACCAGCUGCGGAGGACGCUGGCUGCCACUGCCCACAUGUGCCAGCACCUGGCCAAGUGUCUGGAUAAACAACAGCACUCACAGCGGGGCGUGAGGGAGAAAAGUCCUGAUGACGAGCCAGUGUGUACAGGCGGAGACACCUCUGUCCAGGCUGUGAUUGAGAAGUUACAGGAAGAAAAUCAGCUGUUAAAGCAGAAGGUGACGCACGUGGAAGACCUCAACGCCAAGUGGCAGCGCUACGACGCUAGCAGGGACGAGUACGUGAGGGGGCUCCACACGCAGCUGAGGGGGCUGCAGGCCCUCCAUGAGCCUGAGGCCAUGAGGAAGGAGAUCUCCCGGCUCAACCGACAACUGGAGGAGAAGAUGAACGACUGUGCAGGAGUGGCGCAGGAGCUGGCAGAAGCGAGGACGGCGCGGGACGCUGCGCUGGAGCGGGUGCAGGUGCUGGAGCAGCAGAUUCUCGCUUACAAGGAUGACUUCACUUCAGAAAGGGCAGAUCGGGAACGGGCACAGAGUAGGAUUCAAGAACUAGAGGAGAAGGUCGCCUCCUUGCUACACCAGGUGUCCCGGAGACAGGACUCCCGAGAGCCAGGCCCCUGCCGGAUCCAUACUGGGAGCAAAACUUCCAAGUACUUAGAGACUGAUGCACUGGAGCUCGUGGUGCCCAGCGGCCGGAGGCCUGGGCCUGGACCCCAGUGGCCAGAAGCCUUUGCAGACGGAGAGUGCCCCAGCACAGCCCAGAGAGGCCAGGGAGAUCUCCAGUGCCCUCACUGCCUGCGGUGCUUUGGCGACGAGCAAGGCGAAGAGCUCCUCAGGCACGUGGCCGAGUGCUGCCAGUGAGCGGGACCCCGCGCCUCCGUGGCUCCUCCACCACAGCCCUCCCGGGGACAGGGUGGGUGCUCCACAUGCACACGGGUUCCGUUCUCCUAAGAUCCAAGACCUGAGGAUGUGUGUGGGGAGCGCUGUGAUCGCCUUAGCCCCGCUCGGCCGUAGGACAGACCAGGUCAGAGGGAACUCCAGUAGGGCUGGAGGUGGAGAUGGGGACAGGAGCAUCUGGCCAGGGGAGGCCACCAUGCCAGCCCCACCCCAACCUGCACCUAGGGAUGCUGCAGCUUGCCAGAGAGGGGUGGCCGCGUGUACUGUCCUCAGCGUGGAAGCUCCAUCUGGUUCUGUAGGAUAAGGUGUCACCCACCCCCGUCGGACCUGCGAGUUGGUGGGACAGAGCACUGGACUGCACACCACACCAGGGGGCUCUUCCCGGCCACCGUGGAGCCGUAGGUCAGCACUGAAAAGCUGCACUGGAAUAGCGCGAGCCAUGUACUCAGAAGUCGAGUACAUCUAUUUUGCAUUCACUCAUUUUAAUAAUAAAUGUCCUCACUACUGUGA